GGAAGGGCAGGAGAGGAAAAAGGUGGGAGGAGAGCCAGGUGGGAGGGUGGCGGCUCCCUCCGAACCUGGCGGGGGCAGCGCGAUGAGGCGGGUGACCCUGUUCCUGAACGGUAGCCCCAAGAAUGGAAAGGUGGUUGCUGUAUAUGGAACUUUAUCUGAUUUGCUUUCUGUGGCCAGCAGUAAACUCGGCAUAAAAGCCACCAGUGUGUAUAAUGGGAAAGGUGGACUGAUUGAUGAUAUUGCUUUGAUCAGGGAUGAUGAUGUUUUGUUUGUGUGUGAAGGAGAACCAUUUAUUGAUCCUCAGACAGAUUCUAAACUACCUGAAGGGCUGUCGGGAUCUCACACAGACUGGCUAACAUUAAAUGUUGGAGGACGGUACUUUACAACUACACGGAGCACUUUAGUGAAUAAAGAACCCGACAGUAUGCUGGCCCACAUGUUUAAGGACAAAGGUGUCUGGGGAAAUAAGCAAGAUCAUAGAGGAGCUUUCUUAAUCGAUCGAAGUCCUGAGUACUUUGAACCCAUUUUGAACUACUUGCGUCAUGGACAACUCAUUGUAAAUGAUGGCAUUAAUUUAUUAGGUGUAUUAGAAGAAGCCAGAUUUUUUGGUAUUGAUUCAUUGAUUGAACACCUAGAGGUAGCUAUAAAGAAUUCUCAACCACCAGAGGAUCAUUCACCAAUAUCUCGAAAAGAAUUUGUCCGAUUCCUGCUAGCUACUCCAACCAAGUCUGAGUUGCGUUGCCAGUGUGCAAAUCUCCAGGGAGUCAAGAUGCUCUGUUCUAAUGCAGAAGGGGCAUCGCUGAAACUGUGUAAUUUUGAAGAUCCUUCUGGUCUUAAAGCCAAUUUAGAAGGUGCUAAUCUGAAAGGUGUGGAUAUGGAAGGGAGCCAAAUGACAGGAAUUAACCUGAGAGUUGCUACCUUAAAAAAUGCUAAGUUGAAGAACUGUAACCUCAGAGGAGCAACUCUAGCAGGAACUGAUUUAGAGAACUGUGACCUGUCUGGGUGCGACCUUCAAGAAGCCAACCUGAGAGGAUCCAACGUGAAGGGAGCUAUAUUUGAAGAGAUGCUGACACCACUACAUAUGUCACAAAGUGUCAGAUGAGAAUUCCAGGACUGGAUGCCCAAGAUGAAAAAUGUUUUUCUUAUCACUUUAAUUUCUCCACCCACUCACUUGAGAAGAAAUAACACUGUAAGAGAAUAAGAAACCAUUCAGAGGAUUAUGCUUGUUCUCAGCAGUGCAAAAGGGGAAAGUGGCUUUCCACAUUCUGAUUUUAACAGAGGAGCACUCACUUAAUAGACAUAGAGAAACUAGAAUAGGCUGUUGCCUUUUGAGUUUGUAGGGGGAUUUGUCAGGUUUUGUGGCCAGGAAUAUUAUCUAUUACAUUUGCUUAUACAUAGGCAUGAUGUGGAAAUACUAUCUCAGUUUAAAUGUACUUGAGGAUUUUAAUUUAUGAAAAGCACAACAUAUGCAAUUAUAUUUAUUGAAUCUCUAGAUGCAGUACAAAUAUUUAAAUUGUUAAACUUUAAGAAAAAUUUUAAAAGGUUGUUCAGGUUAAAAAUAGCUUUAGUGAUGCCUCCCCUACUUAAAUAGUUGUCACACCAUGUGAAGAUGGUGAGAUCAGAUUCCCUUGGGCUCUUUUUUCAAGUUCAUUUUUAUUAUGGUUAUUUCUUAGAACAAAACAGCAACUAGAUGAAACAAAUCCUCUAUUCUGACUGAGUAAGACAGUGGAAAGAUAUACACUGUUGUCAGCAUAAAAUCCUGUGGAACCAUCUGGAUGAAAAGUGUUUACCCAUAGUGACACCUUUCCAAUAAACAUUCCUUAGAAUUGCAUCCUUAGCUUGGUCCAGUGAAUACCAGAUGUACCUAUUUACACUACUGGCCUCAUUUCCUCUUAGUCAGAAUAAGCAGAUAAAGAUACUUCAAAACCAAAAAAACCAAGGUGCAUUAUCAAUUUCAUUUAAUUCAAAUGCCAAAUUUGAAAUGCUUAGUGUAAAAUUCUAAGCUACUCUAAGAACAUCUUAGUUAGAGAAUAUAAGUGAAUAAGGCAAAGCUGUCUUUGAAAUGCUAACAUAAUACAAUUGCAGCUGAAGCCCUACAUGAAAGUGAGGGAAGUUUAAAGUGAGAGUUUAUCACAACCAGAAAACUUAAUAAGUAAAAAUAAAGGUAUUUGGUCCAAAAUCUAAUACCACUCAGUCUGCACCUAUGGCUCUUUUACUUCUCUGUUCUGAUUUGGUUUCGUUUUGUUGUAGUGGAGCUGAGUCUGAUUUUCCCGAGUCAUUAUCUGCAGUAGCAGUGAUAGGGCCUGUACUUGCUUGCCAGUAUCCUUGUGUUUACUCCAGGAGCAGAAAUGUGCUGUGUCCAAAUGGGCUUGAAUUCUAUAGACUCAUCAGUUUGAGGCAAAGAUUCAUUAAAAACCACUGUCUCCUUUGGGAGAAUGACAUUUCUGCAGUAUUAACGUAGCUUAUUCUAUAUAAAUUUGUACACAGACAUAUAUAUAUAUCUAUAUAUACACACAUACAUAUGCAAAGCUUUCCUUAAUAGUAAAGGAUUCAUAUGCAUAAUAGGAGGAGACUGGACCUUUAUGGGGAGAGGAAAGCAACUUUAGAAAUGAAUUAUUUUCUUUGCUUUAUUAUUUUUACCAAGACAGAGAAGUAUUGUUAUGAGAGAUAUCUAUUUUCAUAAUCAAUAUGUGCCUAAAUUAUAUUUAAAUCAUUUCACUCUGUACUAUAUUUUCAAUAUAGAAAGUUGUUCAUCUACCUAAGGGUACCUCUGUAGACGUACAUUACCUAAAACUGCAGAAGAAUCUGAAAGAUCUAAACAUGUUAUGCUUAGAAACUGCAGAUUUGGGAUCUAAUGUAUAAGCAUUAAUAAACAAUGUGAAA